GCUGUGGGACACGCGAUGGAGAAAGCAAUAUGGUGGACUCAGACACCCUGAAGUACUCCAUCCUGAAGGAGGAAGAAUCACAGGAAGUGGUGGACUUCCUAGCAGAACACUUUUUCCCACGGGAACCUCUGAGCACCGGCCUACAUAUGACCUAUAAAGACAACAUGGAGUGGAUCCCCAAUUCAGUGCUGGAGUGGGCACAAAGUGGAGUGUCAGUGAUAGCAAGGGUACCAGAUACAGGCAAGAUAGGUGGCAUCCUGCUGGCCACCAUUCUGACACGUGAACAAACCACAACCUAUCAGCAUGCCCUUAACAGCCCAAAGACCAAGGUGAAGACUUUGCACACGGUCCUUUCAGUGCUGGAAACUGCUGUUGACUUUUUCAAAUGCUAUCAAAACGUGGACCGCAUUUUAGAGCUUGCUAUGAUCACAGUGCCUGAGAAGAUGGGGGGUCGUGGCGUGGGCAGACGCUUGGUUCAGGAGAGUGAAAGGCUAGGCUGCCAGAAGGGGUGUCAACUAGCUACAAGCCAGGCCACAGCAGUGCCUUCACAGCGACUCUUACAACGUCUGGGUUAUGAGUCUCUCUAUACCAUGGACUAUACCACUUUUGAGAUUGCUGGGGAACGUGUGUUUGAUGUUGACAAGAUGUUGGGCACAACCUCUGCCAAGGUGAUGGUCCAUGAGUUCAAGCCAGAGGAUAAGCAGGUCCACUCUAAGGAGUGAUUCAUUCAGCUAAAAUUUCCAUAAAUAACAAAAGAAUAGCCUCUCCCAUCUCCAUGCCCAGCAACAUGCUUCAGCCCUGCAGUCAUGGGAUGAAAUAUGUACUCAAGUAAUCCCUCCUUUGUCCUUUCCGUUUUCCUGUGAGCUAUAAGAAUGCAUUUUCAAGUACAGUACUAAACUGUGUGUGUGUGUGUGUGUGUGUGUGUGUGUGUGUGUGUGUGUGUGUGUGUGUGUGUGUGUGUGUGUGUGUGUGUGUGUGUGUGUGUGGGUGCGUGCGUGCGUGCGUGCGUGUGUGCGUGUGUGUGUGUGCAUGAGCAUGUAUGCAAACACACGAUCGGUGCUACAUUAAGUGUAAAGGACAACGUAACCACUGGUCUUCCAGGACGUAUGCUGUUGCUGUUCCUCAUAACUGUGCUUCACUGCCACUCAAGAAAAGUCCAAAUAGA